AUGGCUCACAUGGACGCUAUCAAAGCACAGUUGCAAGAGCGAUUUCAUGCUGCACGGAAAGCUGAGGAAGAUCGAAUUGCGCAGGGUGAGAUAGUGGCGACUGGUUCUAAGACCUAUAAAGUGGUAUGUGUGGACUCCUGCGUGCAGACGAAGCCAAUAUCUAUGCAACAGCCAAUGCAUCUAUCAAAACAGGCACCACCAGACGUUGCCGAUGAUGUAAUCUCAGGAUCCUUUGCUGCGACUUUGCCGGCAAAUUAUGAAGCUAAGGAGCGUGUCGAAUCUAAAAAGCUUCAACCUGCUGGGUUGAGUUUGUACGAUUUAGUGAAGGUACCACAUCAUGGCCUAUCACUUAAAUCAUUUUCACCUCGCGCAGACUCACGCGCUUUAAAUUCAUCCCAUCUAGGACAACACAAUAACGAGAAACAACAAUCAAAAAAUCACCCGUGCAUAAAUGCCGAAGAAGACAAAAUCGUGGGUAACUGGGGGCAUGGUAGUGAUAGCGAUAGCGGUCGCAGGUCGCAGCUGGAUGACAGUCUGAAAUCAGCGAGAAACUUUUCGAAGCAUUCCUAUAUUGAUCGACUGUCGCCUCAAUUGCGCCAAACGGACGAAAAUUUGGCUUCUCUACGUGAUAGCCUUGAUUCGUCCACUGCUAGCAACCAGUUUGCAGUUUUACCUAAUACAAUUGAGCCGUGCGACCACAAGCAGGACGCCGCAGCUUUGCUCAGCAAAAGCAAUAUCUCACUACCGUUAAUACCGAACGGAAAUGUCGAAAAGUCAGAUGAGCAGCGAGAGAUGGAAGCUAUUCGGAUUGUCAUACAUUUCGGUGCCAUGGCCGAGUUUGCGGAGAUGAUUCUCGCCCAGCUGGUCGGCAAUAUCUCGACAGCGCUAAUCCUCGUCCUCAUCUACUUUAACUUUCUACUGUUCGAGAACUACCUGCGAAUUAUUGUUUGGGCUAUCAUGUGUAGUCAAGCACUGCGUCAGGCCAAGAACAAUGUAAUUUCAGUGCUGCAAUAUCUAAGUGACAGUAUUGACGUGGACCGCUACGGCUUUCUAACGUGCGUUUUCACUAAGUCGGCCGAAAUAUUUAUUAGCCACCCACACGAUGGUUCACGUCGCACCGCCAAAGAGCUGUUUCUCAACUAUGGCAUCUUCCUCUUCUCGCUUGUCGGCGCCGUGUCUAUCUGGAUGCGCAUGUUUUCAUGGAUGUCUUUUUUUAAUGUCAUUAUUGGUCUCUGUAUUGCGGCGCUAAGCCUCAUUAAAAUUUUGGAUCGACGCAUUUUCUAUUAUCGCUUCUUUUUUUCAGAUGAUGUGCUUGUAUCAAUGCUUUUGAUUCUCGGCUUCUUCAUCACAGGUGCUUUUGUCGUCCUCUUUCUCGGCACCGAAAGCUACCUCGAAGGAAGUCGUGCAGCAACAGAUCUCUCGGGUUGGGUUCAGGAUAACUUCGUAAAUGACGAGCACACACGACAGGUCUGGAGACAGCAGGUGGAAAAUAGCCGCGCUAUGAUAGCCCAGGCCGUAAGUGGUGUCGAGGACAAGUAUAACGAUACAAUGUGGUGGCCACCACUCAAAAGUCUGGUGAAGACAUACUACCUGGAUGCCAAAUCGAGCGACGGGAACGUUACCUCGCAAACGUCAUUUUCUAACCGAAUCCACAUUCCUGGAAACAUGACGAUCGUGCAAGCUUUAUCGUUUGCGUACUCCAAAGUUGAAUUUGUAAAUCUAACGUCAGUCCAGCUGACCGACUGGACUUCCAAAGGACUUGAUAUAAGUCGAAUUGCAGUGGGGUCGGUGGCUCAGUUAGUGUUUCUUAUCUUCACACUGGUGAUUGCAUUUGUUAGUCUUGGAAUCCGCUCGUUCUUUUUCGUUUCAUCGCUUUUCUACCUACUAUGUACAAACUGGGAUCCUAUCGAGAGGUUUGUGGAGGAUUUACUGCCUAUUCAAGUCGACAAAAGGCCUGAUGUUGUCAGAUCUCUUCGAAAAGUGAUUGAGGGCGUCUUUUUUUUGCCACUCAAGAUGGCAAGUCUACAUGCAAUUGUAACAAUGGUUUCCUUUACCAUCAUGAAUGCUGACUUUAUGUACCUGGCAACAACCGUCACCUUUUUUAUCUCGAUUGUGCCAAUCAUUCCGCCGUAUCUGGUGUGCGUGCCCUGGGUUAUUUCAAUUGGACUUACGUCUUCUUUUGUCAAGGCACUUGCUCUUUUUGGGGUUCAGUACGUUGUUUUCACGAUGCUGGAUGAAAUGCUUUACGAGAAAAGUAUUGUGGCACUAAAUGCCUACGUGUCCGCAUUAAGUGUAGUGUUUGGUGUUUACGUGUUUGGAUUUGAGGGUGUUAUCUUCGGCCCACUGAUCGUCUGUGGCGUAACUUACGCCUACGAUGUGUCGAAUCACGGCAUUCAAGCUGCCCAAGACGAGAAUGGCAAAUUAGAUGAGGCAAAAAAGGAUAAUUUGCUGGAUACCAGUGAUGGUGAAGAGUCUCACAGCACGACAUCAUCUGUUGCAGGUGAACACCAAGAAGAAAAGAACUCGAUUAUCUGUAGAGGGGAUGAGGAGGGCACUCAUUCAAUGAAUGCCAACAUUUUCUCUAACGCAAUGUAUCGAGUAAUUUCGGGACCGCUCGUUGAUCGUGUUCGCCGACGUCUUUCAAUCGAUAUUACCACCGAAGGGUCAGUGUGUGUUACUUUCAUCGUUGAAGGAUUAAAAGCCAGCCGAAAAAUUCGCUUUGUCGUGAACAAGUCGUGGUCAUUGAAAACUCUGUAUGAAAACAUCAGCCGAAUGCUUCACGUUCACUCUGUAGAAGGUAUAUGUACGACGGAUGGAAUCGAGGUGUUGUCUCCAGUCCAUAUUAUGGCUGAUGAGCUAUUGCAUGUAAAAGUUCGACCGAAGCAUCGGCACUACCGAUUCUCAGAAUUCUCGGACUCAAACUCGCGAGUGUCGUUGUCUGGUUGCACUCUAUCCACGUCUUAUCACGGGAAUCGAAUAGGCGUAUCCUCUCGCCCAGGGACUCACAAAGGAUCUCCAUUGAAAGCUACAUCCAUAUCGCCCCCUUCCGCAAAGUUGAGACGAAAAGGCUCAUUGAGCCCUACAUUUGGCAUCACACAUGGUGCCACCGCCGUGCAGCGUCAGGUUCACAAUCGUUUGCGUCGCAAAAGUGGUGGAGUGGCAGGUUUACUCGAAGCAAUGAAUACGAAGACAAGAGAAAGCAACAGCGGAACAAAUGUGGAUACUGGGAGCCUCAUCGAAGUUAAUGUCGCGCCAAGAUCGACGAGUAAAUUGUCCUCGCGUGAAAAAUUUGUUCUGUCGCCUGUGGCUUUAUCAAAAUCCUCGUUAAUCCGAGACUAUGAGAUUUUGCUUUCCGGCGAAAACAAAGAUACUUUAGACACAGAGGAUACCUCCGAUAUCGUCAGUAAUAAGGAUUUAUCAAGGUAG